CGUGCUGAUUCCAACGAGUGGUGGCAGCCGGAGGCUGUUCGUUUUCGCGGAUAGGCUUAGCUGUUCGUGGCUGCAGGGCGAGCGGGUUUUGGGGAGCAAGGACCCGCUCUGUGUCUCUCCCUCACGUGGCGGGAGCUGUCGGACGCGCCCGAGCAGGUAUUUUCUGAGGCAACAGAGCACAGCAGUGAACAAACACAGACAAAAUCUGCUUAUACACAACUACAGCUGAUGAUGUCUUUCAGUUUCAAUGUAGUUAGAGGUGGCAUCUCUGUUGUCGUCAUGUGCAUUGUUUGUAAGUCAGCAGUCAACUCUCUGCCAGAGCUGAGUCCUCAGAAAUAUUUCAGUACCUUGCAAGCAGGAAAAGCCUCCUUAGCUUAUUUUUAUCAAGCUGAUUCUCCAAGUACUUCUGCAUUUCUUGAAGAAUUGAAUAAGGCUGUUAAACCUCUCCAGGACUAUGGAAUUUCAGUGGCAAAGGUUAAUUGUAUCAAAGAAGAAAUAUCAAGAUACUGUGAAAAAGAAAAGGAUUUGAUGAAAGCAUAUUUAUUCAGGGGCAACAUAUUACUCAGAGAAUUCCCUGUUGAUACCUUGUUUGAUGUAAAUGCCAUCAUCGCUCAUGUUCUCUUUGCCCUUCUUUUUAAUGAAGUAAAAUAUAUUACUACCUUAAAAGACCUUCAGAAGAUAGAAGAUGCUUUGAAAGGAAAAGCAAACAUUGCAUUUUCAUAUGUAAGAGCUAUUGGAACACCAGAGCACAGGGCUUUCAUGGAAGCUGCUUUUGUGUAUGGGAACACAUACCAAUUUGUCUUAACCACAGAAAUUGCCCUUUUGGAAAGUAUUGGAUUGGAGGAUAUAGAAUAUGCACAUCUCUACUUUUUUCAUUGUAAACCUGUCUUGGACUUGACCCAGCAAUGUAGAAGAACACUAAUGGGACAGCCAUUGACGACACUGAACAUAUAUAGAUUUAUUAAGUCAAUGGAAGCACCCUUGCUGACCGAAGUUGCUGAAGAUCCUCAACAAGUUUCAACUAUUCAUCUACAACUAGGAUUACCACUGGUUUUUAUUGUCAGUCAACAAGCUACAUAUGAAGCUGAUAGAAGAACAGCAGAGUGGGUUGCUUGGCGUCUUCUGGGAAAGGCAGGAGUUUUACUCUUGUUAAGGGACUCUUUGGAAGUGGACAUUCCUCAGCAAGCUAAUGUGGUCUUCAAAAGAGAAGAGGGAAUGCCAGUGGAAUUUUUGGUGUUACAUGAUGUUGAUUUAGUAAUAUCUCAUGUAGAAAAUAAUAUGGACAUUGAGGAAACAGGAGAAGAUGAAGAUGAUGACAUGGAAGGUCCAGAUAUGGGAAUUCAAGAUGAUGAAGUGGCAGAAAGUGUUUCCAGAGAGAGGAAGAGACAGUUACCUUUGGAACUCACUUUGGAACUAACAGAAGAGACAUUUAACAUGACAGUAAUGGCUUCAGACAGCAUAGUGCUUUUCUAUGCUGGUUGGCAAGCAGUAUCCAUGGCAUUUCUGCAUUCCUACAUUGAUCUGGCAAUUAAAUUGAAAGGUGCAUCCACUAUGCUGCUUACUAGAAUAAACUGUGCAGAUUGGCCUGAUAUAUGUAAUAAGCAAAAUGUCACUGAAUUUCCUGUUGUAAAGAUGUACAAAGAAGGUGAAGACCCAGUAUCUUAUGGUGGUAUGUUAGGAACCGAAGAUCUCCUAAAAUUUAUCCAGCUCAACAGGAUUUCAUGUCCAGUGAACAUAACAUCUGUCCAAGAAGCAGAAGAAUAUUUAAGUGGGGAGUUAUAUAAAGACCUUAUCUCCCAUUCUAGUGUGUCAGUACUGGGACUAUUUAGUCCAACCAUGACAACAGCAAAAGAAGAUUUCACUGGAGCAGUAAAAUUCCUUAAAGGAUAUGUUAUCACUGGAAUUUAUUCUGAAGAAAAUGUUUCAAUACUGUCAAAUAAAUAUACUGCAACUCUUCCAGCCCUGCUGCUUGCCAGACACAAAGAAGGCAAAGUAGAGAGCAUUCCGUUAGCCAACACCCACAUGCAAGAAAUAGUUCAAAUAAUAACAAAUGCAUUACUGGAAACAUUUCCAGAAAUCACUGUGGAAAACCUUCCCACUUAUUUAAGGCUUCAGAAACCAUUACUUAUUUUAUUCAGCGAUGGCAGCAUAAACCCUCUGUAUCAGAAAGCAGUAUUGACAGUGGUAAAAGAGAAACACUUGGAUUCUGUUAUCCCUUGCUGGUUAAAUCUAAAAAACACCCCUAUAGGGAGAAGAAUACUGCAGGCCUAUUUUGAUGCUCUGCCGCCCCUUCCUGUUCUUGUUGUGGUGAAUCUGCACUCAGGUGGCCAAGUGUUUGCAUAUCCUUCAGACAAGGCUAUAACUGAACAAAACCUUUUAUUGUGGCUUCAGAAAUUAGAAGCAGGAUUAGAAAGUCAUAUCACAAUUUUACCUGCUCAGGAAUGGAAGCCUCCUCUUCCUGCUUACAAUUUUCUACGCAUGAUGGAUGCUGCAGCAUCUCAACAUCCCACUAGUAAAGAUCCUGAGUGUAUGAAAGAAACUCAUGUUCAGGAGAAUGGUAAAGAACAGCAGGAAGAUAAAUCAGCAGUAAGAAAAGAACCAAGUGAAACAUCGAAAAUAAAGGACUGGGAUAGAAGUAAUGUAUUUAAAGCAGAAAAAUCAUUUAGACAUGAUGAUAAAGAGUUAUGAUGCUCAGAACUGAGCUAAUUUAAUAAGGCUGUGGGAAACUUUCCAAAAGCUUUUUGGCUUGAUGGACUUAAGAAUUUAUUUCAUUAAAAAAUACUGCUAAGUUAUUUCAAGCUUAUAGAUCAGUGCUAUUCAACAGAAAUGUAAUGUGAGCUGAUAUGUAAUUUAGAAUUUUCUAGUAACCACAGAUGAAAUUAAUUUUAAUAUAUUUCACUAAGUAUACCCAAAAUAGUUCAGUUUACAUAAAAAUCAGGUAUUCUACAUUUUUAUCAUAUCAAGUGCAUAUUUUAUACUUACAGCACAUGUCACUUUGGAGUAGCUGCAUUUAAGUGCUCAGUAGUGAUAUGUCACUAGUAACUACUGUAUUGGUCAGCUCAGCUCUAGACAAACACUGGUAUAAUUAAUUUACCUGACUUCUAGCCUGAUAUAUUUUGAACUAAAAUAUAAAAGUAACUCUAUUUUAAUCACAGAUGACUCCACAAUGGAAUCAUAUAGCUGGCAGUUGUAUUUGUUUUGUAGUUAAAACUAGUGUUUCUUAACUAGAGAGCUGUUUUGUCCCCAAGGGGACUUUUGGCAAUGUCAAGAGACAUUUUUGAUUAGGGGUAUUACUGGCAUCUAGUGGGUAGAGGCCAGGGAUGCUGCUAAAUACCCUGUAAUACAUUGGACAGCCUCCCUUAGCAAAUAAUUAUCCUUCCCAAAUGUCAGCAGUGCCUGUGUUAAACUAACCCGUGGCAGAGUGGGCUCCAUGAAUUUUCUGCUUCUAUUCAGUUAGUUUAAGAAAAUCUUGGGUAUUAAAUAUUAGGUGUCUUAACCUUAUUACCUGGACACAACUUUAUCUUUUCUUAUAAAUUCUUUUUAUAACAUUUUUUAAAAGUAAUGAGAUAACCCUAAAAAGGAUUCAGAGUGAGAGAGAUCAUAUAUAGCACAACAUAAUAUAUAUUGUGUUAGGUAUAUUCUAUGUAAAGAGAAGCAUAUUAUAUAAUAGAAUAUAUGACAAUUAUAUAAAAUAAUUCUCAUGUAUAAAAUAUGUAUACAUAAAUGAGAAUCUUAAAAUCUUUUAUUUCUACAAGUUAUAUUGCUAAAUUUCAGAUUGAAUAAGAAUUAAUGUUCUGUCAUUCUCCUCAAAAAAAAAAGAGAGAGGCUCCCUCAUCUGAAUCAUGUGUGGAAGCCACCCUUAAAAACUUUAGACAAAUCAGUUGGUCUCCCCAGGGCAUUGGGCCUCUUUUAUAUACCAGGACAAGAUUAACCAAAGAAAAUUUUUCAUCCCAAAAGCACUUGUCAAGCUUAUCUGUUUGUAACAAGUUGUCUCAUUUUUGCUCUGUGCAUUUUAAGAAACUUGUUGAGACCAUUCUAUGUGGUGCUCCACUGUAUUUUUCACUGUAAUACCUACUUGGUAUAUCUUGUACUUGAAAUUUUCUCCACAUACGGUUUGCCUAGUACAAAUGGCUUUCAUAACUGGAAUUGAAAAAUCAUAAAGAGCUAACUUUCAAUAAAUGCAUACAUUUCAUUGUAACAGGUCAUUUGCCAUUCUUAGUACCUCCUUCUUAAUUUUUCUCCUGUCCCAUGUAGUGUGUAUUAUUUCAGUUCAUUGUCAUUUGUUUUUAUUUCUUGUUUAAAUUAUUACUGUUUGUUCUGUUACAGUUGUCCCCGUUUUUCCCCCUUUGCCCUCCUCCUCCCAGCCAAGCCCACCACCACUCCUACAAUCAAUCCCACCCCUUUGUCCACGUCCCUCGGUCAUUCGUACUAAUCCCUUUGACUAAUGGGCUUUGACUAAUCCCUUCCCCUUCUUUUCACCAUUAUCCUCCACCCCUCUGUUUUUAUU